CCCAGCCUCCUGAUGCGAUUACAGUACCGUGGGCCGAUCCGUACUCGCGUCAUCUUUAUGGGCGGGUUCUGAAAGGUCAUUGCUAACGAAGCAUCUAUGACCGUUUGCCCUGACACCACAAAAGUAGCCCAGAAGUUAUAUAAACCAUAGGCAGAAGCAGAAUAACCAUACUCAAGUCGAGCAAUAGUCGAGUUUUGUAGUGUCCUAACUGGAGGGAAAACCAUAAAUAACAGGUGAGGUGGCCACACCACCUGCACAGGUGGCAGAAUGUUCGUUCUGGGCGCGGAGGAGCUGAAGUCUGCAGAACGCAUUCUAAAGGGUUUAUUCCCCGAGUCACUGAAGGUGUAUGGCUGUCUGUUUAAUAUCAACAGAGGUAAACCUUAUAUCUGGGAAGUAAUUGCGGAUUCCUGGCCGGACUUUAAGGCGAUUAUCUGUAAACCAAACCAGCAGUGCAGACAGGAUUAUCGGGAUCGAGAAGCCACCACCAAUAUGUGCCACGUCUACUCCAGGGACCAGGACAGCUUGCUGAAGCUGCUGAGCGCCCUUUUGGACUGGAGCCAGUAUACGUUAUUGGCAGGGAUCGAUGUGAAAUACCUGGAUGCAGUGAAGGAGCUGGCAGCUCGCAACAACACCCCGACGAGGAUGGAGGUGGUGAUGGUUGUGAUGACGCUGGACGAUGUCAGCCAUCUUAAGGGCCCCGACAGUGACUUAGUGAGCAGCAGGCUGAAGCCACUCACCGCUGCCUUCGCGGACCUGGUGGACAGCAGGGGGAAGUUCAAGUGCCGUGAGAGCUACAACUCGGUACUGACCUACAUCUCUGACUACCCCAGCCUGAGCGUGCGUGGGCCGGACGGUGCGCCCGUGUCCUGGGUGCUGCUGUACCACCACGGCGCGCUGGGCAGGCUGCACACCGAGCCCCAGCACCGGGAGCAGGGCCACGCCCGCACGCUGCUCUGCGCCAUGGCCCGGGAGCUGCACGCCCAGGGGCGGCCCGUCUACGGCUUCGUGGAGGAGGGCAACGCCGUGUCGCUCAGCCUCUUCACCUCGCUGGGCUUCACGCACCAGCCGGACUACCGCCCCGUCUGGCUCGUGCUCAACCCCGAGAAACAAGCGUCCCAGGACCCCUGCUGCUGAGCGCUCCGCUCACACACCUCCCCCGCGGUCUGGGGCUCCAGGCUGCACCUCCUUCUGCUGCUCUGUAAAACACCUCCGGGCUGCACCUCCUUCUGCUGCUCUGUAACGCAACUUUGGGACAGUCUGCCCUGAGAAGCACUACACAAAUAAAAUUUAAUAGAACAUGAUUUUUCCCAUAUUUUACCAGCUGAGUCUCACUGAAAUGUAAAUACAUUUACAAUAGAGAUUGUAAAAAUCUAGUUUUUAGAUUAUGGCUUUAGAGAGAGAUAAUUGUAUUUGAUGUUGUAAAUGUGUUCAGGGUCCACGCAAUAUAACAUUGUUAUUGAGAGGUUGUUGGUCUUUAUAAGCUCUGGUUGAGCUGAGCGGAGGAGUUCUGCCAGUCUCUUCCCUCCACAGACCUCAGAGCGAAUGUCCUUCUGCUAGUUAAAGCCACGCUGAGACUCAUCUGGGGAGACAAAUCUCGGGUGUCUCUCCUGCAGAAUGUGAAUCACAACCAUUUCAAUCUGGUUGGGAAUUGUAGCCAUAUUUUUUUUUAUAAAGGUUGAUCUAAUGGGUUGCUCUGCUGCUCAAUCAAUGUUUGUGAUUUAAUUGAUAAAUCUGAUAAUUAACUAAGUAAUAUGUUGGAUAAGUGAGGAGUUGUAACUGUGUUCUGUAUACAGUGCCGAACUUUACAUAAAUUCUCUUGGAUCUGCUGGAUUCGGAA